UACACCACCCCCUCCCACACCCACACCAACACCACCCACUCCUCCUCCUCCUACACCCGCGGCUUCGAACUAUGGCAACAACAACAACAACAACAACAGCAGCAGCAGCAGCAAACGCAGUCGCAGUCGCAGUUCGCCGCGGCCGCCGCGCUCCUCGGCUUCUCCGGCGAGGGGGCGGCGCCGCCGACGAUGGGGGGCGGCGGCGGCGGCGGAGGCGGUGGCGGCGCAGCAGCAGCAGCAGGACGUGGCCGCGGCGGCGGCGGCGGGGGGACGAGUUGCCAGGAUUGCGGGAACCAGGCGAAGAAGGACUGCGCGCACGUGCGGUGCCGCACGUGCUGCAAGAGCCGGGGCCUCCCCUGCCCGACCCACGUGAAGAGCACGUGGGUCCCCGCCGCCAAGCGCCGCGAGCGCCAGCAGCACCUCGCCGCCGCCGCCGCUGCCCUCCAACGCCACCGCGCCAGCCACUCCGCUUCCCCCGCCUCUGGCGGCGGCGGUGGCAGCGGCGGUGUCGACUCCUCCAAACGGGCGCGCGAGCUGUGCGCUGCGCGUCCCACCGCCAUCGUCACCGCCACCGCCACCGCCCUCGCCUCAUCGGGUGGAGGAGGGACGGUGGCGGGGAGUUUUCCGUCGGAGGUGAGCUCGGCCGCAGUGUUCCGAUGCAUACGGGUGAGCCCGAUGGACGAGGCGGACGACGAGUUCGCAUACCAGACGGCGGUGAACAUCGGAGGCCACGUCUUCAAAGGCAUACUCUACGACCACGGGCCCGACUCCCACCAAUAUGGAGGCGAGCCCUCCUCGUCGCCCGCUGCCGCCAACGCAGCCGCCGCACUCGCCAUGAGUAGCUCUGCGGCAGCAAUGGCUUCGGCCGGGUUGUUGGAUCCUUCUGCGGUGUACCCGGCCCCGAUAAGCGCAUUCAUGGCUGGUACUCAGUUCUUUCCUCAGCACCCUAGGCCUUAGGAAGUGUCAAAAUAAUAUUAACAUAUAAUGUUGCAUCAAGCAACAUGAAGUAGUAUAUUGAACCACUGGAAAACUAGGGUUCCUCCUUGGCUUUUGAUUUCAACUGAUCAAUUAAAUUAACGUGCAUCUACCUUUCCACUGCUUAUUUUCUCUUCCUUUCGAGUUAAGUUGAUCAUGAUCAAAGAGCGCUCCUAGCUCGCUGAAAUGUCGCAUAAAUUAUUGGAUCAA